AUGAUAUUGACACUGUGGGAUUCAUUUGUUGACAGAGAAUGCAAAUUAUUCUCAGAAAAUAUUGACAAGAAACCAGUAAUCUUUGCAACAAACCUAAAAGUCACCUCUUUUUUGGGUUUAAAACUCUCCACAAAAUUUCGUAGUACCUUCAUGAAUAGUCUUUUCGUUGCAGUACAAAAAUGGGUUGAAUGGAAAGAUACAAGUUUAGACAAAGUCGAUGAGUUCAUUUUGAAAAAGCCAUACACUAAAAAAUCUGCCACAAAAUUGUCUCCUCCAAUGCACAACAAAUUUAUCUUAAUUCAAAUUCUACAAGACCGACUUUUACCAAGAAAAUUUUAUUGGGUGAAUGCCACUGCAAAAAUGGAAAAAAUAUAUCAGAAAUGUUGGUACAUGACUUGCAGCAGUUGUUAUCAGCGAUCAAGCGUUGAUUUUGGUGAAAUAUAUGUUUGUAUUUUCUGUAAAAGUUCCAAUUCCAAAGCUAUUACUCGAGCAAGAGCAUAUGUCCAAUUAUCAGAUGUCACAAGAUGUAUAAAUGCAAGUGCAAUUAGUGAAGCUGCAGAAAAAUUUAUGUUCACAGAUGCACAAAUUUUGAUGGAAGAAACAAACUUUGGUUCACAAGCAGAUUUUGUAGAUAUAAUUGGAAAAAUGCAAAACAUUGAAAGAACAUUCUAUCUCAAAGCGACUCAAGCAAAACCUAAUUCAUCCAAUUACAAAUUUUAA